GGCUAACCACAUGUGAGCGCGACUGCCUUGUGUUGUCGAAUACGGCACUACUCAAUCACACAAAAGCGAGGGUGGCUUGAUCCGAGACCUUUCAACUUUCAACUUCCCCCUUUCAUGAAGACAAGAUGUCGGACCAAUCACCUCAAGAGAAGUCUGGGCCAUGGUGGGCCAAUGGAAAAGUGAUCGACAUCAACAAACCGGUGAAGUGGGGGCAGCCGAAGGGCAAGGUCGUGGAAGAAAGCUCUCCGACUCUCACCAAAAAUGUGCAUGAUGGGCCUGUUCAUCGUGGUGACAUGGUCGAAUUGACCGACCCCGUCUGGAUCAAUGAGAACGUUGAGGGAGAAGAGGCCAAGUGCAGGAAGCGUGGUCGAGCCCAGCCUGCUUCGUAUCUGCUGGAAUCAAGAAAGACUUGGCCAGAAUGGAUGAAAAAAGCACUGUGCGACUACACCAGUGCUGCUGAUACUGGAAUGGUGGAAGUCUCACGCUUCAUGGUGUCAGACACAAAUUGGCAGUGGCUGUUGAGAGAAGAGAAGGAGCUGGUUAUUGCCACCUGGGCACGCGAUAACGAAACGGAGAAGCUUUUGGAAGAUGAUGAGACUAGCUGGACCUUGAUAUGA